UUCUAACAACAUAUUAUUAUAUAUUUUAAUAUACACCUUAUAAUUUAUCAUGAUAAUUGUACCGUUUGAAUGUCAAUUGUGAACAAGUAGUAGGUCCUUAGCAUAAACCUAAAAGUCUAAAUGAAAAUAUAUAGUAUUAUUAAAGAUGAUUAUGAAUGAUUUUUAUGCAACUAAUUAGUAAUAUAAUUUGGAUAAUGGGGAAUUUAUACUCUUUAAUUAUUUAAUUAAUCAAUGGAACAGAUAUUAGGGCUGGAUAUAUGUCGUGACACACUUGUUGGUGAUGAAAUGCAACGUGGUAUUUCUGGUGGACAGAAGAAACGUGUUACUACAGGUGAAAUGAUAGUGGGGCCAACAAAGACAUUAUUCAUGGACGAAAUAUCAACUGGGCUGGAUAGUUCCACGACAUUCCAAAUAGUAAAGUGUUUGCAACAAAUAGCCCAUUUAUCAGACGCAACAAUCUUAAUGUCUUUACUUCAGCCUGCUCCUGAGACCUUUGAACUCUUUGAUGAUAUCAUGUUAUUAUCAGAAGGCCAGAUUGUUUAUCAAGGCCCAAGAGAACAUGUUGUUGAAUUCUUUGAAUCUUGUGGUUUCCGUUGCCCUGAAAGAAAGGGUACUGCUGAUUUCUUUUUUUUUAACAAAUUCUCGAAUCACACCGUCUCACCACAAGAGGAGUUCAUAUAA